UUUUUCUUUUUUUUUCUUUUCUUUUUUUUUUUUUUUUUUGUUAAUUUUUCUCCUUUUUAAGCAUAGAACAUAGUUUUGGAAGCGAUUGCUGAGAAGAGCAACCACUGUUGGCCAGAGUGAUCUCUGAGAGGCACAGACAGCUGUAACUCAAGGAAAAGGUUUUUAAGCCCCAGGGGGUACAAUGUUCGCUAAACUCUUCCAGCAGUGGAGUUUCGCGGUGUUCCUGCUGAGUUAUUCCGUGCCCUCCUACGGGAGAUCAGUCGAGGGGAUCAGCCGCAGACUCAAACGGGCUGUAUCAGAGCACCAGCUACUUCAUGACAAGGGCAAGUCAAUCCAAGACUUAAGAAGAAGAAUAUUCCUCCAAAAUUUAAUCGAAGGUGUCAAUACUGCAGAGAUCCGUGCAACGUCGGAGGUGUCACCGAACCCCAAACCUGCCACCAACACCAAGAACUACCCUGUCCGCUUUGGCAGUGAGGAUGAGGGCAGAUACCUCACUCAGGAGACAAACAAAUCACAGACCUACAAGGAGCAGCCCCUGAAGGCGUCAGGGAAGAAAAAGAAAGCAAAGCCUGGAAAACGUAAGGAGCAAGAGAAGAAAAAGAGGCGAACCCGCUCAGCUUGGCUAAAUCCUGGCUCGUACGGCGACGUCGUGACCGAGAGCCCACUCUUGGACAUCUCUGUUACUACACACAAUCAAACUUUAAGGAGGCGCUGACGUUUUCAGCAAGAGAUAUUUGGAAGACACAUUGCAGUAUUCUGUAAUAGUGAACAUAUGGGAAGUAUUAAAAUAUUUAUUACCUGUAAAUAUUGUAAAUGCUCAGAAUAAAACCUUUUCCCCCCAUUGCUCUCUGAAACUG